AUGUUGGCACGAAGGCCCCUCGCUCUAGCGAGCCGCCUUUACAAAAGCUCAACGUAUCUAAGCCCUCUCCAGCGCACAUCAUUCCCAGGACCAAAGCCUCUUUUCCAUCGCACAAUCAGUACAAUCCCAAGCAACCCUCUGCUUUCUACACGGUAUACCGGCCUAUCUGGUCGCACUUACACCAUCGAACAUGUUUUGCAGGAGGAAGUUUCCCCACCGCGUCAAGUCUAUCGUGCCUCGUCAGUAGACACCGAACCUUCCCAUAUUUACAUACAUGCUUAUACCUUCAGGGCGCAUGGUCACAAAUUCAUAUUAAAGUACAUACAUCCCGUCAACUUCGAAGAUCUCCAAGAAGUCAAUAAUCGCCUACAUAGCAACGCAAGCCAUGUCCGCCUUGCUGUAGACACUAUCCCCGACAAGUCUAUGUUUGUUUUCGAACACUUCACAGGUCAUCUCUUAACUCUUGCCCAGAAGGACUUGUCCCUUGCGGUAACCAAGAGAAUCCUCAAGGACGCCCUUACCGGGCUUGCUGAGCUUCACGAUCAGGAUAUCGUCCACACAGAUAUAAAACCAGACAAUGUCUUCAUCAACUGGCAAAAUCUCAAUGAUGAGAUUAUCGUCGACCAAGUCCAACUCGGUGAUCUGGAAGAUGCAGCUCAUAUCCCCCCAGGAUGCGACAUGAUCGGGAAACAAGCCGGCAACUGGAUGUGGAGGAGUCCCGAAGCCCACGCAGGAGGGCCUGUCAACAAACCUUCGGAUGUGUUCUCGUUUGCUCUUGUUUGCAUCUGCGCCGUUCAUAAGCGCAUCAUUUUUGCAGUUCGGGAAGAUGAGUUGGAGGAGGGUAUUGAACCUAUCGCUGUCGUAAUCGAGCGCCAGAUCUCCUACUUCGCAGAUGAAAACGGGCUCAAUGGAUUGUUGAAGCAUCUUGGUGACAAUCCAUGGGUUCGCGUUUUCGAAGUCACUUGGGAUGGAUUGGACCAGGAGACCCCGCGUGAGCCGUUCGCACUCUGGAAUGGUGUUGAUGAUGACUUCAAGAGUCUUGUUGGUGCCAUGACACGUUUUGAUCCGGGGGAACGGAUCACGGCGCGUCAGGCGUUGGAGCAUAAAUGGUUUGAGGGCGUUUGA